GUCAUACUGUCCUCCGACGUUUUAAUUUUUUGUCGUGUACUUUUUUGUACUUUUAAAUGUACAUUCGAAUUAAAAAAAUAUAAAUUAUACAGAGGUAGUCAACGCUCAUCAAUUAGCUUCAACUUUCAUCAAUUCGAUCAGAGUCUGGCGUGACGGGGUAGUGGGGGUGGUAUACGAUUGCGCUUGUCUGCAUAUUAUUACUUAUAAUUGUCAUUAGGAUAAAAAUUACGAGUUGAUAAUGGGUAAUGCGGGAAGUAAUCAACCGGUUGGACAUCAUCAUAGUAGCAGCACUAGCAGAGAACAUCGUCAUAUCAAAGAACAUCCUCCACCUUCACCAGGAAAAGAAGGCCAAGCUUUUGUCUUUGAUAAAAAACCAAGUCAAAAAUUAGUUUUUCAAUCCUCUCAUGAGGAAGAAGAACCCUAUUUUGCAAAGACAACUGCUCAGCAUGACGGAGAAGAUUUUGGUUCUCAACGUCCACGUUCCAAUACUGUAUCGGAAGGGACCAAAGUAGCAGAUAGCAAAGUAUUACCGACAGUUUUCAAAUGGGAAGGGGGUGGUAAACAGGUAUAUAUCAGUGGAACAUUUACCGGAUGGAAAACAUUGCCAAUGGUUAAAAGCCAUGGUGAUUUUGUAACAAUCAUUGACUUACCAGAGGGAGAACAUCAAUAUAAGUUUUUUGUUGAUGGUGAAUGGAGACACGAUCCAGAUAUAAAAAUUGUUGAUAACGGUAUGGGUUCUAAGAAUAAUUUAGUAUCUGUAAGGAAAUCUGACUUUGAAGUUUUCCAAGCGCUAGCAAAAGAUAGCGAAGGUGUUAUUAGUAGUGCUCAAACAGAAUAUGGGCAAGAAAUUCCUCCUCACAAGCCUUGGGAGAAAGUAGCAGGUCCUCCAAUAUUACCACCACACUUACUACAAGUUAUCCUUAAUAAGGAUACCCCUUUAUCCUGUGAACCGACGCUUCUACCAGAACCAAAUCACGUUAUGUUAAAUCAUUUAUAUGCCUUAAGUAUUAAAGAUAGUGUUAUGGUUUUGUCUGCGACGCAUCGUUAUCGUAAAAAGUACGUUACCACUUUACUGUAUAAACCAAUUUGAAGCUCCUAAGUCAUUCCCGAUAUUAUCGGUAAUCGUUAGUUACAUCGAAUUAAAGCAUAUAUAUAUUGUAGGUAAGGUGAAGUAUUGACUAUUGAAAAAAAAAAAAAAAAAAAAAA